AUGAUCAUCCGACAGUUCUGUGCCCGGCAUGGGCGGACAGUGUUGGCGCAGUCAUCGCGCAGCGUCAAUCGAGGAUAUGCAACGAGCAUCUCGGCAGAUAAUCCCACAUUUCGACCCUCAGAACGAGAUGCCAAAGGGACAACUAGAAUACCGGGGCAUCCCGAUGACCCGUCAAGCAUCCUUGACACGAUCGAUCGCGCUCCAACACCCGCCACGAGGCUUCUAGAAGAAAUGGUCGAGUCGCAACACAAAUCCAUCCGCGCUCUUCAAGCGGACAUCAAUGCACACGCUGCUGCUCGGGCAAUGUCAAAACCCGCGUCAGGCUCGAUAUCAAGCACCGCACCUCCAUCCACUCAAGAUGCUCUACCUUUCCGAAAUUUAAAAGAGUUGAACCGUCACCGUCGUGCAAUGCAGAGAGCUGCUCGCCAAGGGACGCACCUGACACAGACAUAUGACCCGUCUACAAUUCUUCGCCGCCCCCCUACAGUGGAUGACCUCACUCUGCCCAUGCUGCUGGCCAACCAAACCCAUCUCGGUCACCAUACAUCGCUGUGGAACCCUUCGAACAGCGGCUACAUAUUCGGAGUAAGAGACGGAAUUCACAUCAUUUCGUUAGAUGUGACCUAUGCCUAUUUAAAGCGAGCGGCAAAGGUGGUUCAAGCAGUGGCGGAGCGAGGCGGUAUCAUCCUCUUCAUUGGCACACGCAAGGGUAUGGAAGAGAUCAUUGUCAACUCGGCAAAACUGGCCGAGGGCUACCACAUCUUUCACCGCUGGGUUCCGGGUGCGCUGACCAACGGGCAACAAAUCCUCGGGGACUGCGGCGUCAAAGUGGUUGACAUCCAUGACAAUGAAAUUCCUCAGUACGACGACAUCCUGUCGAGAGGCUAUCAUCAAGUCAUGCGCCCAGAUUUGGUGAUUUGCAUGAAUCCGAUCGAAAAUCAAGUUUGCCUGCACGAGUGCGGGAUGUUCAACGUUCCGACUAUAGGAGUCAUUGACACAGAUGCAAACCCGACCUGGGUGACCUAUCCGAUACCCGCGAAUGAUGAUUCGCUUCGAUCCAUUUCCCUCAUCGGCGGUGUGCUAGGCAAUGCAGGCAAAGAAGGGCAAAGGCUGAGGAGACUGAAGGCGGCAACGGAGGGACGGGCGACGUAUGACACGAGCGUGCUGCAGGACAAACUGGUGGCUCUGGAAGAGAUGGCCGCUUUGGACGUGCAGCGAGGCGAUAGUGACAGUGCCGAUGCAAACUGA